AAAAAAAAGGCGCUUUUAAGCCUAUCGGACAGUCUGGUGGCUACCGUACAAAAAUGGCCCAAUCUACCGCGCUCCUCUCGUCUCCACCGUCCGCCGCCGCACGCCGCCAUGUGGAGAGCGCGGAGGCGAGGGCCAGGGUGUUCAAGCUCGGCCUGGCCGCCGUGCUGACCUAUGGGCUGUUCGACGCCGUCACUUACACGGCCUUCUUCGUGCUCGCCUUCCUCGGCUACGAGAGGAGCACCGACAAGAACCCCGCAGCCAAUCUCAAGGCCUUGCUCGGGGUAGGUGGACAGCAGAAGUUGAUUGGUAAUUACCCUGUGCUGUUUCCUUCAGGAACACCAGGAUGUGCUGCAGUGGAAAAACUGAUGCCUUGUGCAGUAAAUCUUGACAGCAGAAAGAGAAGUAUGCAGUUAAAUAGGAGACACCUUGGCGUCAAUGCUUGAUCCGGUAAAUUUUUGGUCUUGACAGCAAUAAAUUUAUAAGGUUCAUUCCUCCACUGUUGGCUAGUUCCAGGCCUGUGCUUUUCUUGCCCUGCCUUCCCUGUCUAUAUUUCUAACCACAUCAGACAAGCAUCACUGUGUUAGUACACUGCAGCAAAAGAGAGACAGAGAGAACAAGUGUAGCAGUGCUACAACUCGGUAAUAAAAUAGAGCUCAAACCUGGAGGUGGCUUUUCAGAUGGUACAGGGCGAGGCCUUUCAGUCCCAUCAACCUGAGCACCGACUUGGGCGUUGCUUCUGUUUCAGGCAGCACAUUCAAAUUGAAAACAGUUGGUUAGUGGUUACUCUAUAUUUCAUAUGCUCAAGGAAGCAAAAUUCAGAUAAAUGAGGUUCUUGGCACUGGUUUUGUCUGCUGCAUUCUGGCCAUGUAAAUCGUGACAAACUGAGUACCAAAUUGCAAGCUCAGAAACCUGUGCCAUGCAGUUAUGCAAAUUGACCAUGUA